ACAUAUUGAUCAUGAAAGAAAACUUGAUAAUCUUGUUAAUCCUUUUCCCUUUGAUUGUGAAUAUUAAAUGAACAAAUUAGUAACUGUAUAAAUCUUGAUGAUUUAUCGAUGGGUUGUUAAUCCUUAUAGAAAAGAGAGCAAUCGAAUACGCAAUCUCUUCAAUUCUAUCAUGUAUCUUAUUUAUAUCUUAUUAUCUUUCGACUCAAGUUAUUUCCUAAACAUGAACAUUGUUGCAACUCGACAACUAGAACUUACCCUGGAAAUUUAUAGUAAAUGACCUCGAAUAAAAUUCAUUCAACUUUUCGCAUUUAAAUAUUUUUCUAAACUUUCUUACAACUUUUUCAGUAAAUUUUACUACACAAAAUGAACUCUUCACACUUUCUAAUUGGAUUAAUUCAUCUAAUGAUACAUUUGACUGAAGGGGAAAAAGGUGAGAAAGGUGACCAAGGUCCACAAGGACUUCCUGGCCCUCCUGGAUUAAGGGGCAAAGAUGGUAGACCAGGUUUAGACGGACCACCAGGGCCACCAGGGCCUCCAGGAUCAUUAUCGAGGUUCGAUGAGUGGACUUUGAGCGAUUCGAUUUAUCAAAGUGGAUCGGGAGUCGUGGGCCCUCCAGGUCCGAUGGGUCGAAGUGGUCAAAAGGGUGAAAGAGGAGAUAAAGGUGAUUCAGGGGAAAAGGGAGAUGAUGGUCAUCGGGGAGGUAAAGGAUCCAAAGGUGAUAUUGGAGAUUCGGGGCCUCAAGGACCGAUUGGCUUAGAUGGAGCUAAAGGAGAGAAGGGAGAACCAGGGGAAUGUCAACAAGCGGUUGCACUUCGACAUCCUCAUAGAUUUGAGAUUGAUGAUCCUCAGGAUAUUGAAGAGUAUUCAUAUUCAGUAGUUGGACCAAAAGGGGACAUUGGUGAACCAGGAAUUAUCGGCCCUCCAGGCCCUCGCGGUGAAAAGGGUGAUCAAGGUAUCGAAGGUCCAAUUGGUCCUAAGGGACCUAAAGGGGAUCAAGGAGAAAGAGGUCCGAUUGGCCCUCCUGGAAUAGUUGUUGAUGGAAAGGGAAUAUUGAUUAAGGGCGAAAGAGGGAGCAAAGGUGAAAGAGGUCGAAGAGGUAAAAAAGGACUACCAGGGACAUCGGGAGCUCCUGGAUUACCUGGUUUGGUUAAUUUAACACAAAUUUGGAGUCAAAUAGAGCAAAAAAUUGAUCAGAAACAAAUAAAUAUUGAUCAAAUUGUCCAUGGACUUAAAGGAGAAAAAGGAGAAAUCGGCCCACCAGGUAAGCCUGGAAUGGACGGCUUUCCAGGCGAACCUGGUGAACGAGGUAUUCAGGGUAUUGAUGGUCAAAAAGGGGACAAGGGUGAACAAGGUCCCAUAGGCCCACCCGGAAGUAUAGAAAACUUGGAAUCUGUUUUGAAAUCGAUGAAUAUAAAUCAGGUUAUACAAUCAGCAUCUAAUUCAGGCCCCCCUGGUCUUCCUGGUCCUCCAGGACCCCCUGGCACUGGUCAUCCUGGGCCAACAGGGCCACCAGGGCCGAGAGGAUUUCAGGGAUUACCUGGCCCGCCUGGUCCUCCGGGUCCACCAAGUGAAUUUGAUUUAUCGUGGCUGGAAAAUACUCUAAGUGGCCCAAAAGAAAUGAAUCGAGAUUUAAAAGAUCUAAAAUCUUCCAUCAAACAAGCAUCAGAAUCGAUCAGAGGCCCACCAGGUCCUCCUGGUCCUCCGGGUCCCCCAGGUCAAACUGGACAAUACGAAUCACAAGACGAUAAACCAAAUGUCAUUCCAGGAGCGGUUAUCGUAAAAGACAUGGCCUCUUUGCGACGAAUGACUUCGAUCAAUUCUCUUGGAACACUCUGUUUCAUCAUAGACGAACAAGCGCUUUUAGUCCGAGUCAAUGGUGGAUGGCAAUACGUUUCGCUUGGAUCGAUGGUCGAAGCAGAAACUGAAAAUGUCCAGGUCACUACUCCUUUGGUCACUUAUAAGCCGAAAUUUGAUCAGACAUUAGACGAUAGGAUUGAAAAGACCCAAAAGAAACUUCGAAUGGCAGCUUUAAAUCAACCUUAUUCGGGGGAUAUGCACGGAAUUCGUGGUGUUGACUAUGAAUGCUAUCGACAAUCUCGCCGAUAUAAUAUAAAAGGCACCUUCAGGGCAUUUUUAGCUUCUCGAUUACAAAACCUCGACAGUAUCGUUCGUAUACAAGAUGCAAAACUACCGAUCGUAAAUUUAAAAGGUGAGGUUCUUUUCAAUUCGUGGCGUGACUUGUUCAUCGGAUCAGGUGGACCUUUCCUAUUUCCUCCGAGAAUCUAUUCGUUUGAUGGUCGAAACGUUCUCGCCGAUAGUAUAUGGCCACAAAAGCUCAUUUGGCACGGAGCUGAUAAACGAGGUGCUCGAGACGUGGACUCUUAUUGUGACGCUUGGCACUCAAAUAGUCAACAAAAGUUUGGAUUCGCGAGCUCCUUAUUACAUGGAAAACUAUUGGACCAAGAAAAGGUCCAAUGUUCAAAUCAGUUGAUUGUACUUUGCAUCGAAGCAACAAGUCAAGAAGAUUAUCAAAUGACUCGAGAUAAACGAGAUAUUGAUAUGAACGAGGAAAACGAUCAUCAUUUAGCUGAGAGUGUAUUUGAUUAAUCACUUUAUUAACUUAAUCGAAAUCACCUUUUCCAAUCAACUAAUUGAAAUAUAAUCUGAAAAGCAAUAAACUUUUUCCUUUGAUAAUACAUAAAAAAAGCUAAUUUGUCACAUUAACUUAUCGUUUUGAUAAGUUAAUUGGAUU